CGUUGAAUUGUUAUUAUAUAUAGAUACAAAGUUACAUUCCGAAUAUUAGAUUCAUACACCAAUGGCAAAUACAAUCUUUACUCAAAUGAUUGCUUCCUUAGCUGUAGGAACAUUCUCUAGAUAUCCGGCUUCAAAUAUUGUUAAUCAUUCCAUUCAUCACCUUCGAUUCAACUCCAAGGUCAAGCGUAAUCGCUUUUCAGUUCCAGAAAAGAACCUGAGCCUGAGAUUUCAAAAAGAUGCAACAAGAAAGAUGAAUAUGGCUGUCUACUCUAGCAUAACACCAGGAGAUCCUGUUGAUCCUUCUCCUGGUCAUUGGAAAAUUUGGAUCCUUGGCACAAUAUUCACGAUACUUGCAUCCUUUACGAGGGGAAAAUGGGGACCUUUGCUACAAUUGAAGGAGAAAGUUGAAACAACAAUAGACGAAGCAGAACGAGUGGUAGACGUUAUAGAAGACGUGGCUGAGAAAGUGGAUAAGGUGGCAGAAGAGGCUGUGAACCAUCUUCCCAAGGGAAAACUUCGUGAUGCUGCUGAAUUUGUUGAAAAAGUAGCUGAGGAUAUAGAUAACCAUGCCCAACAAGCAGAAGAAGCAUUAGAAAAGGUGGAAAACAUAGAAAAGGAGUUCGAGUCCUUCAUUGAAUCAACCACUCAUCAAGAAAAUAGCACCACGGCGACUACAACAGCAAAGGAACAUAAAUAGAGAAAAACACGGUUGCAGACCAUGGCGUGUGGCGACUUUCAUGUACACCGAAAAAAUCAACACGACAUUUCAACAUGAUCUAUUAAACAUAAGAAUAUAUAGUAAUAAGAACGAAAUUGUAUAUUGUUUCGUGAAAGACCUAGCUUGUACAAAAUCUCUAGCUGUCAAAGUGCCGACAUGUAUCUUUUAUACAUUUAUUUAUAAUAUAAAGACUGAAUCAUAAGUUA